CCCAACCCCCAAUGCGGAAUUCAUUUUUCUAACAUGCAAAUGAUUAGGCUUGUCAAAUCUUUUUUGCUUUUUUCAGGUAAAGGAUGUCCUUUUGUAUAUGACAGCACGAGGAAAUCUCCAGAGGCUUAUGCCAAAAGAAAUCAGAAUUCUAAAAUAUCUACUCACAAUUGAGGAUCCUGAGGAGCGAUUGUGCACUUUGAAAGAUGCCUUCACAACGGGAGAAGAACUCGAAGGGAAAGAUGUAGAUUGCUUAUACACAUUGACUCCAGAGCAGCUAUACAACUGGAUUAGGACAGUGGUGGAUGCAUAUAAUUUCAGUAGAGAAGGCACUCUCAUAAAAGAAGCCAGAGAUUUGAUGAACCCUAAAAUAAUUCAGAAAAUGGAGGAAUUAAAGAAGUUGAUCUUAGAUAACUUCAUGUGAGCAUUUGCUUGCUUUAAAAUAGCUAUGAGAUUCACCGGCUCGUGCCAGAUUCACCAGCUCGUGCCAUCAACAUCCAUAAGCAUAUGUCCCAGCUAUGGGACUGCUGCUAGUGCCAGAUGCGGUGACCACAUGAUUGCAUCGCAGAAUUGA